AUGGCGAAAGUAUCCGGAACCUGCGACGCGCGCUUCAAAGAAGUCGAGGCGCUGUUCCAAGCAAACCUCGACUCGGGAGAAGAGCUAGGAGCAUCCAUCGUAGUCAACAUCGCCGGCAAAAACGUCGUCGACAUAUGGGGCGGCCACGCCGACACGGACAAGACGCGCGCCUGGGAAGAAAACACAAUCACCAACAUCUGGUCGUCGUCCAAAACCGUGCUCAGUCUCGCGGCCCUCGUCCUCAUCGACCGCGGCCUGCUCGACCCCAACGAGAAGGUAUCCAAGUACUGGCCCGAGUUCGGCGCAAACGGCAAGCAGGACAUCGAGGUCCGGCAUCUGCUCUCCCACACCUCGGGCGUGAGCGGAUGGGACGAGAAAAUGACUCUGGAGGAACUCUACGACGCGCCGAAGGCCGCGGCUCUGCUCGCCAAACAAGCACCCUGGUGGACGCCUGGUACUGCAUCUGGCUACCACAGUGUCUCAAUGGGUCAUCUCGUCGGCGAGGUUAUCAAGCGCGUGACCGGGAAGCCAGUCGAGCAGUUCAUCCGCGAUGAGCUCGCGGGCCCGCUGGGCGCGGACUUUCAACUCGGCGCUGCAGAAGCAGAUUGGCACCGUGUGGCGGACGUGCUCCCGCCGCCACCGCCUGAAGACCUAUCCAUUAUGCCCGCGGGCCUUGCAGACCCAUCGUCCGUCGUCUCUAGAACGCUGCUGAAUCCGCUCAUGGACGCCGCUGUCGCCAACACACCCGCGUGGCGCCGCGCUGUCGCCGCCGCCGUGAACGGCCACUCGAAUGCCCGCGGUCUCGCGCGCCUCCUGUCCAAUAUCUCGCUCAAUGGAUCCGCGUCUGACGCGCUGCUCAAGGCGGAGACGGUCGAUUUGAUUUUCCGCGAGCAGGCGAAUGGCGUGGAUUUUGUGCUCGGGCAGCAUAUGCGGUUUGGCAUUGGGUUUGCGUUGUCGAGCAAGGGUACGGCGAUGGAUUGGUUGCCUGGGGGGAAGGUGUGUGUGUGGGGUGGGUGGGGCGGGAGUAUUGUUGUUUGCGAUGUGGAGCGUGGGAUUACGAUUACGUAUGUGAUGAAUCGGAUGGUUGAUACGCUGUAUGGGAGUGGGCGGGCGGCGGACUAUGUUCAGGGUGUUUAUCGGGGGUUGGGGGUCGAUAUUUAG